UGUGACCCCGGCCAGGCCACCAAGCUCCUCUACGAGCUGCUCUACAACCUCCCGUUCAAGAUCAUCCUCAUGCCCGGCUGCUCCAGCGUCUCCACCCUGGUGGCCGAGGCCGCCCGGAUCUGGAACGUCACCGUGCUUUCCUACGGCUCCAGCUCGCCGGCGCUCUCCAACCGCCAGCGCUUCCCGACGUUUUUCCGCACGCACCCGUCGGCCACGCUGCACAACCCCACGCGCGUCCAGCUCUUCAAGAAGUGGGGCUGGACCAAGAUCGCCACCAUCCAGCAGACCGAGGAGGUCUUCACCUCGUGUGACCCCGGCCAGGCCACCAAGCUCCUCUACGAGCUGCUCUACAACCUCCCGUUCAAGAUCAUCCUCAUGCCCGGCUGCUCCAGCGUCUCCACCCUGGUGGCCGAGGCCGCCCGGAUCUGGAACGUCACCGUGCUUUCCUACGGCUCCAGCUCGCCGGCGCUCUCCAACCGCCAGCGCUUCCCGACGUUUUUCCGCACGCACCCGUCGGCCACGCUGCACAACCCCACGCGCGUCCAGCUCUUCAAGAAGUGGGGCUGGACCAAGAUCGCCACCAUCCAGCAGACCGAGGAGACGUCCCAAGAAUUCAUCGACAAGCUGGAGAAGAGGCUGGGCAACAACCCCAAGGAGACCGGUGGCUACCAGGAGGCGCCGUUGGCCUACGACGCCAUCUGGGCCUUGGCCUUGGCGCUCAACAAGACGGCCCAAGAGUUGGCCAAGCAAGGGGUGGGGCUGGAUGAGUUCAACUACAACAACAAGACCAUAACGGACGAGAUCUACCGGGCCCUCAACUCCUCGGCCUUCGAGGGCGUCUCGGGCCACGUCGUGUUCGACGCCAGCGGCUCCCGCAUGGCCUGGACCCUCAUCGAGCAGCUCCAAGGUGAGGGGACAGCGGGGGACGGGGGGACAACGCUGGGUGGCACUGAGGGACCUCCGGGUGACACUGAAGGACCUUCAGGUGACAUUGAGGGACCUUCAGGUGCCACCAACCCCCUCUGCCUCCACCACUUGUACAUCCAGAAUUCCCAGCCCUACCUGAACAACAUGACGGCCGUCGGUUGUACCCUGGCGCUCGCCGCCGUCUUCCCGCUGGGGCUCGACGGGUACCACAUCGGGCCUGGGCUGUUCCCCUUCGUCUGCCAGGCGCGGCUGUGGCUGUUGGGGCUGGGCUUCAGCCUGGCCUACGGCAGCAUGUUCACCAAGAUCUGGUGGGUGCACACCGUCUUCACCAAGAAGGACGACAAAAAGGACAAGCGGAAGAGCCUGGAGCCCUGGAAGCUCUACGCCACCGUGGGGGGCCUGGUGGCCUUCGACGUCGUCACGCUGAGCGUGUGGCAGAUCGUGGACCCCCUGCACCGCACCAUCGAGGAAUUCACCAAGGAGGAGCCCAAGUCGGACAUGGACGUGUCCAUCCUGCCCCAGCUCGAGCACUGCAGCUCCACCAAGAUGAACACCUGGCUCGGGAUUUUUUACGGAUUUAAGGGGCUGCUGCUGCUCUUGGGGAUUUUUUUGGCUUACGAGACCAAAAGCGUCUCCACGGAAAAAAUCAACGACCACCGGGCCGUGGGCAUGGCCAUCUACAACGUGGCG